AUGGCACUCCUAGUCGAUAAGCUGCGGCCUCGGUCUUUAGAUGCUCUCACAUACCAUAAAGAUCUCUCUGAUCGACUUUCUGCUCUCGCUUCCUCUCCCGACUUCCCACAUCUACUCUUCUACGGGCCAUCCGGCGCAGGCAAAAAGACGCGCAUCCUCGCCACGCUCCGCGCCCUGUAUGGCAGUGGAGCCGAGAAAAUCAAAAUCGACGCCCGCAUGUUCACGACCUCCUCAAACCGCAAAGUCGAAUUCAACAUCGUGUCUUCAGUCUACCACCUCGAAAUCACACCAAGUGACGUCGGCAACUACGACCGGGUCGUGAUCCAAGAUCUUCUCAAGGAGGUGGCGCAGACACAGCAGGUCGACCUGACGGCAAAGCAACGCUUCAAGGUUGUGGUGAUCAACGAAGCAGACAGCCUGUCCCGCGACGCGCAGGCGGCGCUCCGGCGCACCAUGGAGAAAUACAGCAACAACGUCCGCCUGAUCCUCGUGGCCAACAGCACGGCAGGGAUCAUCGCGCCGAUCCGCUCGAGAACACUGCUCAUGCGCGUGGCCGCGCCCUCGGAAGCCGAGAUCAGCGACGCACUGGCCAAAGCCGCGAAAAAGGAAAACUGGAAGGCCAUCCCGGCGCUCAACGAACGCAUCGCGCGCGAAUCCGGCCGGAAUCUGCGCAAGGCUCUGCUCAUGUUCGAGGCCGUCUACGCUCAGCACCCAGAGCCCAGCGAGAAAACGCCCAUCCCGCCGCCCGACUGGGAAACGCUGAUUGAGCAGAUCGCCGCCGACAUCGUGCGGCAGCGCAACCCGGAGAUGAUCUUGCAGACGCGCGCGAAGCUCUACGACCUCCUCACUCACUGCAUCCCCGCCACGAUGGUGCUCAAGACGCUGUGCUGGAAACUUGUUGACAGGCCCGAGGUGGACGACACCCUCAAGCCGGAGAUCGUCCGCUGGGCCAGCUUCUACGAGCAUCGUAUCCGUUUGGGCAGUAAGGUCAUCUUCCAUCUUGAGGCGUUCGUUGCGAAAUUCAUGCGCAUCUUUGAGGGGUUUCUUGUGGGCAUGGACUUUUGA